CAAAAGUGAAUCAAAGGGUACAUGAUGAUGAUUGCCCUGAUGUUUCAAAGUUGUCGAAGAAAGAGAUCACAAAACAAUUUAACAUGGAUACGAUUAAGAAUGAUGCAAAUUGUGACAAAGAACCAGUGUGUAAUCAGUUGAACAGUUCUGGUAGAUCAAUCACAGUAGGCAAAGAUAAAGGAGAAUUGACAGACAGAAACAAAAAUAAUCAUUCAAACAUAUUUUCAAAUGAGAGUGCAUGUCCAGCAGAUGGAAUUUCAAAAGAACACAUGACUAGUUCAGAAACCGUGAACAUCCCAGAUGGAGUAAGCCAUGUCAAAUUACAGAUUGAUCUUGAAGAGAAUGAGAGCGAUAGUGACAUUGACGCAAUCAAACGCAAUCGUGGGAGAAAUUACAUAGAAUCUGAAUCAGACACAAGUGUUGAAGAUGAUGAUUUACUGAGCAGUUCAUUUGAAAGUGAAAGGUCAUGUCAGCCUAUUGAUACACAGCUUGUACAUGAUGAAACAUGUCGCGUUGAAAUUGUCCCAGAUGCAGGAUUGAAUAAAAAUACAGACAAUGCAAUUUUGAAUGCAGGAGAUGAGUCUACUGAUGAUUCUUUUGCACAAAAUUCCUUUGAAUCUCAUAUGAAAGCAGCAAUUGCUCAGGAAAGAAAAGAAGAUGAUAUGCAUCCUUUGUACAAUGAAUCGAGAGACGAAGUAGAGUUUGUAUCAGAUCUUGGAAUGUGUGAUAGGCCAGACAAAUAUUUUAAAUUUUUACCUCUUGAGAUAACUGACAAACAAGCCAUUUGUAGAAAAUUGAAUAUUCCCUAUACAGACAGAAGCUUCCAUGCAAAGUGCAAUAGCAAUGAGUACAUUGGAAUUCCUUCACACAUUAAAACAAUAGAUGAGGAUGGCAACUGUUUCUUUCGUGCAAUUUCAUAUGCUAUUUCUGGAACUGAAUGUUAUCAUGUAAUUCUAAGGAAUCUUACUGUGAACCAUUUAUUACAGACCAAUGAUAAGUUUAAGAGUACAUUGAGAAGUGAGUUCAGAACUGUCAGAGAAUAUGUUUUGAAAAAUAGAAUAAUGGAAAAUGGAACUUGGGCUACAGACACUGAAAUGAGUGCAUUGGCAAAUUUGAUUGAUACCGAUAUCUAUUCUUACAAUGAUCAAGUACCAUGUUGGCAGUUGUACUCUGCAAGGAAACCGGGAAGAAUAAAUGUUGUUACAUCUCAUAAAGGCAUUUAUAUACAGUACACAAGAAAUGUUCAUUUUAAUGUAGUUGAAUCCGUUACUUCUGUCAGUAGUGAUUUAUCAAAGAACAUAGCAACAAUGAAAGAUAUAAACACAACAGUAAACAUGCAAAUAAAACCAGUUGCACAAGGAACAUUUCAUCAAGGUGACAUGAGAUUUGGUGAUUCAGCAGGAAAGCAAUGUGUUGCCAAUUCAUUGUCUGCUUUGUUGUAUAGCAAAAUGAAAAAUGCUAAUGAUUGGGACAAUAAAGAUUUAGAUAAAAUUCUGGCCAAUGGUGAUGAACUCUAUCGUUACAUAAGGUAUUAUGUAGCACGUGAACAAGAAUAUCUAUUAAUUUCUGAUCUACUUGAACACUUAGAGGCAUAUGAUGAGUUGUUUGAGAUAAAGCGACGUGAAUCAAUACCUGGAUUGUUAGAAGGAGAUGAAACAAAAUUGGAAGAAUCUAUUUCAAUGCCAUUGAAACAGGCACUUGAACAAGAAUUGAGUAGUGACUCUGAUGCAUGUUUUGUGACAUUUUCUGGAAAUACUUUUAUUGUCAUAUCUAGUUAUGAUUGUUUCUUUAUAUUUGAUUCACAUUCAAGAAACACAAGAGGCUUACUCGUUGAUGAUGGCUAUAGUGUAGUGCUUCAAACUCCAAGUUGGCAAGGUGUUUAUAAUCAUUGCAUGAGGCUGGCAAAAACAUUGAAAUGUUCUUCACAAACUGAAUAUGAGGAAGUGAGGAAUAUCAUCUUAUCAUUAGGCAAGCUAUCCUUACACAUCUCAUGGAAAAUGAAGAUAGGUUUGUUGGAUUCUUGAGAAUGGGUUACUCUAGUAUUUCACACUAUGUCUCAAAUAACAUUAUUGAGGAAAGUGGUACAUGGGCAACUGAAAUGGAAAUUGUGGUUUUAGCUAAUUUGAUUGAAACUGACAUUUAUGUAUAUGAUGAAGACCGGUUAAAAUGGAGUCUAUUUUCUGGUAAAAAUGUUCAAAUAGGAAAGGAAACAACUACGUAUGGUGUUUAUUUAAGAAAUACUCAUGGCAUCCAUUAUGAUGUUGUUAUGUCAGUGCAAUCAUGUGAUUCUAGUUUUUCAUGUAAUGAAACCACAAAUAUAAGUAGCUGUGCAAAUGACAAAGAAAGAAAAUAUGCUAGAGUAAACAAUGCUAAAAUAUCUGAUUUAUCAACGAAAAGACGUAGAAGUAAGAGAAGUUAUCGUGUAAUGAAGGAUAUAAAAAAGAAACAAAAAAGAGAAGAACGGAGUUUUAAGAAAACAAAAGAUAUGGAUAUAGAAAAGCUUGUUAAUUAUGAGGAUUUGAAGAAAACAAAAAAAUAUGAGGAUGCUGGAAAAAGGGGGAAAAUGACUUAUACUAACAACAAAAAAUAUCAUACUGAUCCAAUUUAUCGAAUAACACUUUUCAAUUUGUUGAAUGAAAAGUAUAGAUUAAAUAAAGUAUUUCGU